UGCAAUUAAUUACAUUACCCUUUCAAACCAUUUGACAUAGCGAUAGAACAAAAGGCAAAACGUCGACGUUGCGGUUCAUCUUUCUUCUUCUUGUGCGUUUUGUGCAAUCCAUCUUCACCUCACAAUCUCAGACUCUCACCGCACACUCGCCAAUGGAGGCGAGAGUGUCCUCCUCUCUGGGCCUCCCCUCCCCAAAACCCCACCAAAUGUCCCUCUCAACCCUCACCGACUUCCCCUCUCUCCUCACACACUUCUCCCUCCAAACCCAAUCCCCCCCCUUCGCCUCCACCACCUCCCCCCACCCCCCAAACUGGGCCCGGCCCCCCCCCAAGGCCCACCCGCCCCUCUUCAAAUCCCUCUCCCUCCUCGACCGCGCCCUCAUCGGGGCCGCCGCAGGGGGCCUCGCCGGCGCCUUCACCUACGUCUGCCUCCUCCCCCUCGACACCAUCAAAACCAAGAUGCAAACCAAAGGCGCCGCCAAAAUUUACAAAAACACCCUCGACGCUGUCGCCAAAACCUUCCACACCGGCGGCCUCCUCGCCUUCUACAGCGGAAUCUCCGCCGUCAUUGUCGGCUCCACCGCCUCCUCCGCCGUCUACUUCGGCACCUGCGAGUUCGGCAAGUCGUUCCUCGCCAAAAUCCCCGCCUUCCCCGCCGUCUUGAUCCCCCCCGCCGCCGGCGCCAUGGGCAACGUGGUCUCCUCCGCCAUCAUGGUCCCCAAGGAGCUCAUCACGCAGCGGAUGCAGGCCGGCGCCGCCGCCGGCCGCUCCUGGCGCGUCCUCGUCCAGAUUCUCCAAAACGACGGCGUCAUGGGCCUCUACGCCGGGUACUCCGCGACGCUCCUCCGCAACCUCCCCGCCGGCGUCCUGAGCUACUCGUCCUUCGAGUAUCUGAAAUCCGCGGUUCUGAAAACGACGGAACAGAACCACCUGGAACCGGUUCAGAGCGUCCUCUGUGGGGCCCUCGCGGGUGCCAUAUCCGCCUCGCUCACGACUCCUCUGGACGUGGUGAAGACGCGCUUGAUGACGCAGGUGCGCGGAGAGGGCGUGGGGAAGGUUGCUGCGGUCAUGUACGACGGCGUUUCGGCCACCGUGAAGCAGAUUCUUAAGGAGGAAGGGUGGGUGGGGCUGACACGUGGCAUGGGGCCAAGGGUUUUGCAUAGCGCGUGCUUCUCCGCGUUGGGCUACUUCGCUUUCGAGACGGCGAGGCUGGGGAUUAUGAGGGAGUAUCUUCGGAGGAAGGAGUUGAGUGAAAGGGAGGCUCCCGUUUCUGCUUCCGCUGGCUGACUUGAUGGUGAUUUGUUUCUGUGUAACAAGGAAAUUAUUGAGUUGACAGUGAGAGAUUAAUUCGUUUUGAGACAGAGAUCACUGAAGUGGAUUUUGCCUCUUUCACUGAAGGUGUUUUUAGACAUAGUGAGCAACGAUGAUUAGACACAGUUUUGGGCUGGAAGAAAGUUGGGUAGCUUUUGUUCUGUUAUUGUGAGUGCAUGACUGGUAAAUUUGUUUUUACCUUUAUUCUGAAUGAGAAUUUUGGUAAUUUAUCUUUAGAUUAUAUAUCUGUCUAUUAUUGUGAACCGUUGCAGAAUAGUUCCUGAUUUUUUUUUUUCUGUUGAAAAGUUAAAUAUAUAAUGGUUAUAAUAAGUGGUUUUACUGGAUCGUGGCCUUGGUGCAAGAAGUUUAGGAUUGUCUGAGCAGUGAUUCUAGAAAUUCUGUUUCUAAGAUUUGUUUAGAAUAAGGCACAUGAAUUUCUCUUCUGCAUAUUGGAUGCUCAUUGGUGUCUCUAUUGUUCUUUGUCUUUGCUUCUCUUUUGGAUUUUUAGUUGCUCAAGGAAAUCAUUUUUUUCCUUUGAGUCUAACAAUUAUAUUUUUACAUUGAAUAUUGAGCAUAGUCUUGUGAGUUGGGCUGUUUGCUAUAACAUCCCUUGAAUUGAGCAUGUUCAAACCCUGAGAUGGAGAUACUUUUUCCUGUGAUGUACAAUCCUUGUCUUAAAACUCCUUAGUGAUAGACCAAUUUUGUUCAUAGAUCAUAUGUGUAAACAUUUUAUUCUAGGGAAUGUUAAUGUUUGGCUCUGGGGGUGGGGUGUUCCAGGGAAUUGUGAUCAAGUUGAAACUCGAUUAACGCCAACCUAUGCAAAUAGGACCAACUAACAUUAUUUGAUAUAUCUCAAUGUUGCUGAUAUGUACAACUUUCUGUAGUCAGUUUGAAUGUGGCAGGUUACUAGCAGGCAUCACUAUUUAAGAUGGAAUGCAAAACCUUCACAUUUUAGAUAUCAAUCGUCUUGGCUUAAAAAUAAAAUUACAUAUACAUUGUACAGUAAAAGAUUAU